CCCGAAGGACCGUUCCCUGGCGCGAGGGAGGGAGGCAGGCAGACCCCGGGCGCCCCUCGCAGGAUCGGGUCCCAGCGCGGGGGCACACGGAGCUCCCCGUGGAGCCCCGGCGGCCGCAGCAGCGGGGCGGGCGAGCCCUUGUUUCCCGAGGGGAGCGUGCGAGUGAGGCGCAGCCGGCCGGGGUGGGCGGCGGCCAUGGCGCAGCCGGCGGGCCCCGUGGCCCGGCACAGCGGGGUCAGCAGGGAGCGCUUUCAGCAGGACAUUUACCCGCUGAGAAAGCCAGCAGUGCUGAAAGGAAUAGACCUGGGCACUUGCACAACCAAAUGGACAGUGGAUUACCUCAGCCAAACAGCAGGAACUAAAGAAGUAAAGAUUCAUGUUUCCACAGUGCCACAGAUGGACUUCCUCAGUAAGAACUUUGUAUAUAGAACAUUGCCUUUUGAUGUGUUUGUACGGAGAGCAGCUGAAGUCAAACAUAACGAGUAUUUUAUAUCUGAGGAUGAGAAAUACUACUUGCGAUCACUGGGUGAAGACCCACGAAAGGAUAUUGCAGAUAUCAGAAAGCAGUUUCCUUCAUUAGCAGAAGAUAUUCAAAUCCCAGAAUAUUUUGAAAAGGAACAGUUCUUCUCCAGUGUCUUCCGCAUCAGCUCAGCAGGACUGCAACUCUGGACACACUAUGAUAUAAUGGAUAACUUCUUAAUCCAGAUAACAGGAAAAAAAAGAGUUAUACUGUACAAUCCUCGAGAUGCACCAUAUUUGUAUUUAUCAGGCACUAAAUCAGAGGUCCUAAAUGUGGAUAACCCAGACCUGGAGAAAUAUCCCCUUUUUAUGAAAGCCAGGCGCUAUGAAUGUUCUCUUGAAGCAGGCGAUGUGUUGUUCAUUCCAGCUUUAUGGUUCCAUAAUGUAAUUUCUGAAGAAUUUGGAGUGGGAGUGAAUGUCUUUUGGAAGCAUCUUCCUUCUGAGUGCUAUGAUAAAACAGACACUUACGGAAACAAAGAUCCUACAGCUGCUUCCAGAGCUGUGCAGAUUUUGGACAGGGCUUUGAAAACACUGGAGGAACUGCCUGAGGAAUAUAGGGAUUUUUAUGCCCGGAGAAUGGUUUUACGCAUCCAAGAAAAAGCCUAUAGCACUAACUAUGAAUAAACAGUCAACAAGUCAACCAAACUCCUCUGAAAGUAGGGAGAAGUACAGAUAUGGAUACUGUACCUGAAGACACUUUGAGAAGACUUCGAUAAAAACAGUAGUGCUCAUUGUUUGUGGAUGAAUACUUAUUUCAUAGCCCAUAGAUGUUGUUUUAAUAGAUCCCAUUUCUACUAAUCCACAUACAGUGUAGUCUGCUUGAUGCAGCUGUGGGUCUCAUCUGUACAACAGUAAGGGGUCAAUUUAAAAUUAUAUAUAUAUAUACACACACAUAUACAUACAUACACACCCACCCAAGUUUGUGUUAUUUAGAACAAUCAUUUUGUUUCCGGGGGUAGUUUACUUUCAAAUAACUAUUUCAGAAAAUAAAUAUUCCUGAAUAAGACCUAGAGCAUUGGCAAUUUAAAUUCUGUUUUAGAUCCUGGUGUCUUCUUCAGAGUGGCUAUUGAAAAGAAUGUUCCAGCCCAAAUGGGUUAUUCUCUAGAGUAGUGGAGACUGUUGAUCUGUGGGACUUGCACAGCUAUAGGAAAAGGCAAGCAACCAGCUAGGGUUCUUGACUAGCUACCUCCCUUUCCUCUAAUUAUGGGGUGAUGAGAAGGAGCUGUGCUCUUAGCAGGACCCAGUCAGGGACAGCAGGUGUGUUCCUGUGGUUCUUCUCAGCAGAGAAAAGAAGGGAAAGGAGAGAGAAUGCCUUGUUUGGGUUGUGUGAGUAUGUAUUUUGCUUACAUGCAUUAAUUUUUAGUUUGAGUAGGUAUAAGCUAAAGUGGCACCUCUAGAUUUUUUUUCUUUUAAUUUCCCUGAUUUGGAAUUAUUUGCAGACAGAUUGAAUCAACACAAGUCCAAGAAAUGGGAUUUGUUAGAACCUAAAAUGGAUGUGAAAUCUGGGGCUCCCAGCCAUGCUCCAGCUCAACAGAGAGCUGUAUUAGACCUGAGUAUUGAAAGUUCACAAGUGCUAUCUGUCAAACCUAUACAAUUCAGGCUCCCUAAAAACUCAGGGUGAAGGUUAGUUCAAUUUCCUUUAUGUGGGGUGUGGAGAGAGAGAGAAGGGAGUGCUUGGGUGGCUAUAAUCAGCAAUUCCUUUUACAUGUUGAGGAACCACUGGUCUGAUGAUCAAUGUAUAAAAUACUUCCAGACUGGGGCCUCGUGAUUUCUGGAUACUCCAAGAGGAGAACUGUUUCCUACACCAACACUCAGUAAAUGGGGCAGAAAUAAUGGCUGGAGAAACUCAUGCAGAUAUUCUGAUGCUUGAACAGAGUCAAAUACACAUCUCUGGCUGUCUUCAUUUAAAAAUAUGCUCUCUCACAAGAUAAGGCUUAGAACUUAACCUUGAGCAGUCUUUUACAGUGAAGUAUUUCAAUAUUAGCUCACUUGGAUCUCUGGGCUGGGUUCAGAGAAGGCAUGCAGGGACUACUAAAUGCAUCUCCCUUAAUCCCAGCUCAGACGGUAAAAGCUCAGUAAAGAUACCAUCACCUCUGAGAAGGUCCAAGUGAGCUGAUUGCUCUUGGCAUGGUUACUGCCCUUGUUCUGAAAGAUCUUCCUCUUAAUGCUUCUAUAACUCAGUCCUAUAAGCAACAGCCUGGGAGCAGACACGAAGUAUCCAACCAACUUCCUCUUGUGGUGACAUCACAGAGAAGGACAUCACAUCACAGACACCAACAGGAAAGCAAAAACUACAGGCAAAGUUUAUGCCAGUUUGUUUUUUUUUAGAUUCAUGCUGUAGCUUAAAGAAAAGGACCUGCCAACUUGCAUAGUUUUAUUAUAUAAGGAGCCCUAUCUCCACAGCUGUUGCUAUUGCACCAAACUGCAUUACUGCUGACAGCAGCCAGUUGUACAGUACUUGAUAAAUCAGGGUCGGUCUGAUACUUCCAACAGUGUUGAGAAUUGUGACUUGUCAAAAGCUGUUAGCAGGACUAAAGAGGUAUGUGCCACUAAGGGAUAGAACAGGGGCUUCCUGCAGAAGCUUGGCCUUGCAACACUGUGCAGAUUAUUCAUCUAAAUCCAUUUUUGUUGGCAGCUGUAACUUAGAGAAAAUAACUUCCCACCAUGUGUAUGGGCACAAUGCCAUCCUAAUGAAUAGGCAUGAAUGUAACCAGCCGGGCAAUCUUGAUGUGCAUAAGUUAUGCAUACUGAGGGCAGAAUUGCAAUCUGAGAACACUGAAACACUUGAUUCCUCUAAAUUUCCACUUCUGUGGUUAAAAGAACUGCAGAGAUAGAUGUGGAGGAGGGAGGAAUUAAGGUAGGAUCUGUGCAUCCAGGCACUGGACUUGGAAAGGGCUCAAGGACUCUCUCAGAUUGGAGCAAAGGAUCUCUGGAAAGGGUGUGCAGAGCAUCCUGGAGGCCUCUUUGGGAACUGGGGAGAAAGAGAAAGCAGUGUCAGGCUGGGGGCCAAACUCCACCACAGAAUCACUACCUCAUUCUGCAUCCACCUGUUUUCCACUCUGGUAAUUCUGGCUUCACCUGCUCUCAGCGAGACAUCAGCAGCUUUCCAGAAUGCCAGCCCACAGAGCUGCAGGGGGCUGCACUGUUCCUUCUUCCUCCGUGCCCAGCUCAGUAGAUCAUUCUAACUUCUGCUGGCCAAAUAUACCCAAAGGAAGAAGAUCAAGCUUGACGUAGUGGUUGGUGUCCUCCUUCGGUCACCUGAGCCACAAAGCCAUGGCUGGGCCCUCUAGGGGCUGCAGUAAUACAAAUAAUUCAUAAGGACGGAAGGUUGCAUCAAGUAGCAGUCAACAUGUUACUGAUCUGUGAGUGUCAAAGCUUGUAGGUAGGACAAUAAUCUUAUGGGGGACAGAGGAGGAAAGACUUUGGGGCUGGGCAAUAGAAGAGAAUGUUAGGCUGGGUUCACUUUCAGAUGUUUUGUAACUACAAGAAUCCAUGUUGGUUCCAAAAUGGAGUUUUAUGCCCACAUGAGCUAUGGAUUACUUUUCCCACUCUUUUAUUUCUUCUGGAGUUCUAAACAACUUCCAGUCGGAAUGUUUGUUUGUUUUUCUUUUCCUAAGGGGUUUCCUGGGCAAGUGUAUAAAAGGCUGCCCCGGACAGGGCCUCAGGGCUGUCCAUCUGAGUGACUGUCAGGGACAGUCACGAGUCUUACCUGCAGGCAUCUAUCCAUCCAAGUGGUAGAAGGGUUAGGGAUUUUCUCCAACAGCUUCCUCACCUGUAAAAAGAAGAGAGAAAGAUAAGAAACAACAUCUCCCGAGUGUCCCAUCUGUUCUGCUUUCCUGUGAUCCCGAAGGAACAUCAAGGGACUCCUUGGAGCUCCUCUCCAAAGGCUUGCCAUUAGCCAGAGGAUUGAGGUCCCAAGCACCUGCCGUCGCUUUGAUCUAUGAAGAAGGUUUUUUUUUAAUUUGUUUAUUGGGUUGAGACUGAGGGGGUAAUCACUGUAUCGUGCCAUUUUGCUGUUUAUUCCCCGUUUUAUCUGUCCCACUCUUUGUUAUGAACCCUUCAAUACACUUUAUUUGAUUUUACCUUUA